CCAACGCAGGAGGAGAGAAGUGGCGCCAGGUACUACACAGUGAGAGACGAACAGAAAGAUGGCGCGAACGACUGUGGUACAUAAGGUGGAGGAAGUCUUUCUGAAUGCGCUGGGGGGAGUUCGAGGCCGGCAGAACUUAGCCGCGUGGGGAGUCGCAGCGACUGCGGCGUAUUUCUUGUGGGUUCGACCAGAGAUGAAAGCGAAGGAGGAGGCAGAGGCAAGGGCGGCCCUACGGGAAGCAGAGAAGCGAAGGGAGAUGGAGACUGCAACCAAGUCAUACUCGUGAUCAUCGCUCAGGGUAGGCAAUUCAGGGCAUACUCAGACUAGGUAGAACUAUCGUAAAUGUGUCUGACCGCAUUUAUGGCAGGACCUGUAUGCAUCUGGGCGCAAUUCCGUCCAGAAGUAAAAAAAAAGUGCUGGUGUGAGUUUGCCCCCCUCCUUACGGGAGAGUAGUGUAGGGUUCUCUUGACAUGUAAAUAAAACUAGAGACGUCAGUCCCCAUGGGAAGGAGUACCGUGCGACGACUCUUUGUUGCUCAGUCGUCGCACUUCGUCGCACACACACCGAUAUGGGCGACACUCCGGUAAGCCAUCCAUCCAUCACAUGCCACAGGCGGGAGAGUAGUUCUGCAUGUCGCACCUUAGGGGACGCGAUCAUCAUUUUAUACACGGCUAUAUGUUCAAGGUGGUUGCGCUUGAUGGCCUUCGAGGGGACUGUGCUGUGAAGGCACAACACUGGACUGUGGGGGUUUAACAGUAGGUAGUAGGGGUAUUAAGACCCCUAAUAUGGCUGGUGAAAAAGCGUGAGGUAGUACAGUCCCGGAGACCCUUGUAUGAUUGUAUACUGGUCCUCUCACGUCGGCGCGUCUUCUCCUUUCUUAUGUAAUAUUUGAAUUAGACACUUGUUUUUUUUUACCUCUCGCUUUCUCAGGAGCCGUUUUAGACAGAAACUUUGUGUGUGUGUGUGUGUGUUUUUAAAUUUUUCUUUUUUUUUUUGAUUUGUGUUUUAGGCUGUGCUGUAAGACCGCAAAACUCGUCGGGGGAUUGCAGUGACGCCGUCGCGUACGUUUGUACACGCGCCAUGAAUGUUUUUUACGUUGAUGUCAACAAGUUGUUUUUCCGACACUUGGGGCAAUUUGGGUUGUCGCGGAGGGCAUGCCCUUUUCCCCGUCAGAUUUUUUUAUUUUUUUAUUUUAUUUAUUUUAUUUGUAAUGGCAGUCAGCUUUCUGCUGUCUGAAAACCCGUGGAGUUGGGAAGUAUUCAAAAAAAGAAACCCGUAGAGUUGAUUGAUUACCAACUGAAAUUGAGAAACCUUGGUCCACUUUAAUCCAGUUUUUUUUUUUUUUUUUUUUUUUGGGAAAAAGCGAGAAUUCCAUUGUGAACCCACCACUGAGGCCACUUUAAUCCAGCUUUAAUCCAGUUUUCAAUCUUUCCCCUCGGAAAAAGAAACACGAAAAACAAAUUGAAACCCCUUGG